UCGGCGGUGUCGCGGACGAGCAUGGGGUCAGUGUGUGUUUACGUUGAAGGAGCUCACAACAAAGGACGCCGUGGAGCCGGGCUGUCACUCAGCGGAUAUUCUCCUCCUCCGCGGAGCGCAUUUAUCCCUCCCUUCCCAUUUUUCGGCUUUUUCUAGUUUUUUUUUUCAUGUGUUCGUCAAGCCCAGAAGCGGGAUAAAUUAUAUAUUUUUUUGUUGGCUUGAUGUUGCCGGUCAGCUAGCUCGCUAGCAAGUUGGCGAAGACGCCGAGCUAGCGGGGAAUAAAGCGUCGCUGAAUUCACGGGCGGGAGAGGUGGCGCCGUGAGCGACUGACGCGUGAAGCAUGAGAGGGUGGAGCUGAGGCUCAGCUGACCCUUCCCCUUCCUCCUCCUCCUUUCCCACCCCUGUGUUCCACUUGUUCAGCUCCGUCCUCCCACCCGGACUCCCCCCGUCCUUUCCCCCCUUCCUGUGGCGUGCACCCUGCUGAAUCCCACCCGUCUUCCAGACCUCCAUCAGCCGUGCCCGAUGUACUCGCCUGAGCAGGAGAACAUUUGCACCACCUCCACCAAAGUGCCAGUCAAGUAUGGAGAGCUCAUUGUGCUGGGGUACAAUGGCUCCUUGCCCAACGGCGACCGGGGCAGACGUAAAAGCCGCUUUGCACUUUGCAAAAGACCCAAGGCGAACGGGGUUAAACCAAGCGUCGUCCACGUCGCCUGCUCUCCACAGGCAGCCAAGGCCAUCAGCAACAAAGACCAGCACAGCAUCUCCUACACUCUGUCCCGAGUCCAGACGGUGGUGGUGGAGUACACCCACGACAUCAACAUAGACAUGUUCCAGGUGGGUCGUUCCACAGAGAGUCCCAUAGACUUCGUGGUGACGGACACGGUGGCGGGCAGCCAGAGCAACGCCGACGCGCAAACGGUCCAGAGCACCAUCUCCCGCUUUGCCUGCCGCAUCAUCUGCCAGCGCACGCCGCCUUACAGCGCGCGCAUCUACGCGGCGGGGUUCGACUCCUCCAAGAACAUCUUCCUCGGGGUGAGCGGACGCUCCGAGGAAAAAAGGCAGGAAGGGAUGACGCAAAAAUUGACAAGGUCUUCCUUUUUUGUUUUCAUUACUCAGGAGAAAGCCGCCAAGUGGAAGACGGCCGACGGGCAAAUGGACGGCCUGACCACCAACGGCGUGCUGGUGAUGCACCCUCGCCACGGCUUCAGCCAGGACUCCAGGCCGGGCGUGUGGCGGGAGAUCUCCGUCUGCGGGAACGUCUUCACCCUACGAGAAACACGCUCGGCCCAGCAGCCGGGAAAGUUGGUGGAGGCGGAGUCGCAGGAACUGGAGGACGGCUCCCUCAUCGACCUCUGCGGCGCCACGCUGCUGUGGCGCACCGCCGAGGGUCUGUCGCGCACGCCCACCCUCAAGCACCUGGAGGCGCUGCGUCAGGAGAUCAACGCGGCGCGGCCCCAGUGCCCCGUGGGCUUCAACACGCUGGCCUUCCCCUCCAUGCGCCGCAAGGACACGCCGGACGAGAAGCAGCCGUGGGCGUACCUGCGCUGCGGCCACGUGCACGGCUACCACAACUGGGGCAACCACCGCGAGGAGCGGGAGGGCCGCGAGCGCUGCCAGCGCGAGUGCCCCAUGUGCCGCGCCAAGGGGCCCUACGUGCCGCUGUGGCUGGGCUGCGAGGCGGGCUUCUACGUGGACGCCGCCCCGCCCACGCACGCCUUCCACCCCUGCGGCCACGUGUGCUCGGAGAAGACGGCCGCCUUCUGGAGUCAGAUCCCGCUGCCGCACGGCACGCACACCUUCCACGCCGCCUGUCCCUUCUGCGCCCAGCAGCUGAGCGGCGAGCAGGGCUUCGUCAGACUCAUCUUCCAAGGCCCGCUGGACUAGCAGGCCCCGCCCCUCCCCGGCGUCCUUUGGGAACGUUCUCUCCUCCAAACGGGAACUUCUUUUUUCCUCUUUCCCGUUUGUAAGUGACCUUUGUACUCCUUUUUCAUGGCACACUGCAAAGAGUUCUAUAUUUUCACCAGCUGCUGGAGAACCUUGGUGACGGUGACAUUAUUUAUCAGGGGUGUCCAAACCUUUUCCACACAAACAUCAACGCGUGCGUCAUUUCCAAAACCAAUACACUAUCCAUCCUUUUUAACCUUCAGGGCUUCAAAAAGUCAUACAAAUGUUGAAAAUAGGUCAUACAUGUUUAUUUUUAUCCGUUUAUUUUUUUCAUGUUUUUGUUUUAUGCCCUUUUUGUCAAAGAAAACUGUUUUUCUUUAAUGGCAAAAACACAAAAUAAGCAAUAUUAAAAAAACAGUCUACAUGGGAGCUUUGUGUUUUUACAGUCAACAUUGCAACGUUUUCUCGUUACAUUUUACCUGUUUGCUUUUUUAUUCCACUUUUUAUGUUGUUUUUUUAUAGUGUUUUUAGAAUUUGCCACAGGUUGUUAAAAAAUAAGCUGCGGGUCGCAAAUGGCCCCCGAGCCGCACUUUGGACACCCCUGCUUUAUCCCAAACAGUAUGGCUUAUUGUUAUUGCAAUAUACAUCUUGUCAAGCUAAUUUAAAGCAAGAUCUUUUAUUUAUGGCCCUUUAAGCGUCACUUCCUCUUUCACCUUUCAGAUUAAGGGUAUCCUGUCUUCACUCUUGUACUUUUUUUGUUACUCACGUCUACAAGCUGCAGGUGUUUUGUUCUGAGAGCUUUUCUGUUUGUUGUAUUUAAACGUUCUGUCCUCUGGCGUGCUCUCACUGUGUGUGUGUACGUAUGUGAGUUUGUACCCUUUGUGUGUGUACGUACGUGUGCAUUCCUCUCUCUCGUUCUAAGCAAUAUACAAACCUGAAUAUCGAGUGAAAUUACUGCCAUAACUCCAUAAACACUCAUGUCCAACGAUUCGAAAGUUAAAACAUUUAAAAAAAAAUCUGCAAUUAAAAAAAUAAUUUGCAAGUAAAAUAAAUUAUUCAAGUAAAAAAAACACUUCACGAGUAUAACAAUUUUUUUUGCAAGUAAAAAAACCCGAUUCGCCAGUAAGAAAAAAAAUAAUUCUGCAUGUAAAAAAAAAAAUUGCAAGUAAACAAAAACAUUUGCCAGUAAGAAAAAAAAUAGUUCUGCAAGUAAAAAAAUAAUUAGCAAAAACAAUUUCCAAGUAAAAAAAUUAUUUGCAAGUAAAAAAAAAUAUUGAGUUAAGAAAAAAUAACACUCCACGAGUAUAAACAAUUUUUUGCGUGUAAAAAAAAAAGAUUCGCAAAAAAACGAAAAAAUUCUCCCAAGUAAAAAAAUAAUUAGCAAAAAAAAAUAAUUCUGCAAGUAAAAAAAACGAUUCGCCAGUAAGAAAAAAUAAUAAUUCUGCAAGUAAAAAAAAUAUUUGAUAACAAAAAAAACACUUCUCGAGUAUAAAAACAUGUUUUGCAAGUAAAAAAAAAACAUUCGCCAGUAAGAAAAAAAACAGUUCUGCAAGUAAAAAAAUAAUUAGCAAAUACAUUUUCUGCAACUAAAAAAAUAAUUUGCAAGUAAAAAAAAAAAACACUUCACGAGUAUAAAACAUUUUUUUGCGUGUAAAAAAAAAGAUUCGCAAGUAAAAACGAAAAAAUUCUGCAAGUAAAAAAUUAUUUGCAAAAUAAAUAAUUCUGCAAGUAAAAAAUUAAUUUGCAGGUAAAAAAAAUAUUCAAGUAAAAAAACACUUCACGGGUAUAAAAACAUUUUUUUGCAAAUAAAGAAAAUGAUUCGCAAGUAAAAAAAAAAAAAAACAAUUCUACAAAUUUGCAACUAAAAGAAAAUUCUGCAAGUAAAAAAAUAAUUAGCAAAAACAAUUUCCAAGUAAAAAAAUUAUUUGCAAGUAAAAAAAAAUAUUGAGUUAAGAAAAAAUAACACUCCACGAGUAUAAACAAUUUUUUGCGUGUAAAAAAAAAAGAUUCGCAAAAAAACGAAAAAAUUCUCCCAAGUAAAAAAAUAAUUUGCAAAAAAAUAAUAAUUCUGCAAGUAAAAAAACGAUUUGCCAGUAAGAAAAAAUAACAAUUCUGCAAGUAAAAAAAAUAUUUAAUAACAAAAAAAACACUUCUCGAGUAUAAAAACAUGUUUUGCAAGUAAAAAAAAAACAUUCGCCAGUAAGAAAAAAAACAGUUCUGCAAGUAAAAAAAUAAUUAGCGAAUACAUUUUCUGCAACUAAAAAAAUAAUUAAAAAUGAUUCGCAAGUAAAAACGAAAAAAUUCUGCAAGUAAAAAAUUAUUUGCAAAAUAAUUCUGCAAGUAAAAAAUUAAUUCGCAGGUAAAAAAAAUAUUCAAGUAAAAAAACACUUCACGGGUAUAAAAACAUUUUUUUGCAAAUAAAGAAAAUGAUUCGCAAGUAAAAAAACAACAA